UCAAACCCGCCAUACUUAGAUUGAGAGAUUAUGAUUCACUCCUACUUCUUCAUUCCAGUCCGAUUCCUUCAACUCAUGAAUACUUACACAGUCCAAUGAUAUCAUCACUAUUUAAAAGAAGCGACAAUUUGGUUCGUUGUUGCUCUGGUUGGACCAUGGUUCUUUGCAUCUACGUCCCUUUGCCUCUGAUCCCUUGUUGUAUAGCAUAUGAUGUCCUUUGCAACACCACAGAAAGACAAUCAAAAUACGACGCGCCGCAUUCCCAACACAUAUUCACAAGCUUUCGGGCCAGCCACAGCCCCCACGGUAUCACCUGCAUGCUGCGAUUAGUCUGGACCCUUCGGCGUGCAGGGCGCUAUAUUCCAUUCGUCGUUUCCGACGUCUGCAACCCAAGCCCGCCGUUAGCACACUUUGCACUCCGAUAUAAAACCCCCGAAAUCCCCUGGGAAUUUCAUGACUAGGUACCGGUACUCCCUUCCUCCUUCCCAGACAAAGACACCAGUAUACCAGCAGCGCUCACAAGUAACACUAAAUCGGGCCCCGCGGUCUCCUGCUAUACGCGGAUGCUAUUUAUAGCCGACAUCGAUCGAUCCAGGGUCCACCCCACGCACGCCAGUGAAAACAAGCUCGACAGCUGAUUGGUGCAUACCUAGUUCGGUGGAUGAGAAAUUAUGGCAUACAUCGAUGGCGAUGCAACGACGACGCGACCUCUCCUAAGUGAUUUUGAAUCGUCCAACGAAACUGUCUUUGUGUGUCCUCAACAUAGAAAAGAAGUACCCCUCGUUUCCGUACAGUUGUUGCAAGAGAAUGGCGAGAGCGAGUUUGAGGAUCCUGAAGAGCUGAGAAAGAAGGACGGAGUGCUGCGCCGCUUGGUGAUGGCGAUUGUUAGACGGAGGCAGCGGAAUGGAUCGGUUCGAGAAAGAGAGGAAGAUCAAUAUAAACUAGACUGGGAAAAUGGUAUCUCGAAAGAUAGGUGCUCGAGAGGUAACGGGAUCUGCAGUCGGACUGGGCUAGGAGGCCUGGUAAUCAUCAUUAUAAUCGUCUCCAUCUCUAUCGCCAUAUAUACCCACAACCCCAACAUACCUCCUUUCCUGAGAGAACAGCCUCCGCUCCCGCUCCCCUCACCCCCAACGCUCCCAGACCCCUUCCUGGAAUCACUCACUAAACAUGUAACCCCAAUCCCCUGCCAUUCCCACAACGACUACUGGCGGCCUUCACCUCUCUACGACGCACUCCGCACAGGCUGCACCAGCGUCGAAGCAGACGUAUGGCACUUCCCUCCCUUAUCCCCCUCGCUGUACGUCGGCCACGACACUUCAUCCCUCACGCCCUCGCACACCCUAUCAACAAUGUACAUCUCGCCGCUCCUCCAACUCCUCGACUUCCACAACACCAAUCUCAGCACCACCACCACCAGUAGUAAAUUCGGCAUUUUCCCUACAUCCCCAUCAACAACGCUAAUCCUACUCAUCGACUUCAAAAACAACGGCUCAGAAAUCUUCCCCGCGCUAUCCACGCACCUCGCUCCGCUCCGCGAAAAAAGCUACCUGUCGCACUUCAACGGCACGCACACCAACUUGGGUCCAAUCACGGUCGUGGCAACGGGCAACGCGCCGUUCGCGACUCUGAUGACGGCUAAUACUACCUAUCGCGAUAUCUUCUACGAUGCGCCGUUGCACAGCUUCUCUUCUUCUUCUUCUUCUUCUUCUUCUGCAACGGCUUUGAUGCGCGACGAAGCGUUUUCAACGCACAACUCGUAUCUAGCGUCGACGUCGUUGCGGGCUGCGCUGGGAGGGCGGUUGUGGUGGGUUCAUUGGACGAGGCCGUGGGCGAUGGGACGGAUUUCCGGGGAGCAGAGGGGCAGGAUUAGAGAGCAGAUUAGGGGUGCGCGGGAGACGGGGUUGAGGGCUAGGUAUUGGGGCACGCCUGGGUGGCCGGUGGGGGUGAGGGAUGCGGUUUGGAAGGUGCUUGUGGAAGAGGGGGUGGAUUUUUUGAAUGGGGAUGAUUUGGAGGGGUUGAAGGGGAUGGUUGGUGGGGAAGGGGGAGAGAGGGAGGUUGAGGUUAGGUAG